CUUCAACCAAUGUGAUGAGGCCAAGUUCAUAGGCAGCAGUAUAACUUCGGUCUCCGUAUCUCGGCCCAGUCUUACCAUUCGUCAAACAAGAAGACUCUGGCUUUGUAGACGUCAUCGAAAGCUGAUCCGCUUCCUCGGCACACUACUUCGUAGGUCUUAACAUCUCAUCAUCUGCCCACAGUGUCCACUAGGUGCGUUUUCCUUCCUUGCAGAAUACUUUUACCAUCACGGAUGCCGGCAUAACGCACAAGCUUAACUACCACGAAUACAACAUGCGCGUCUCCGCUACCUUUCUUUUCUUGUUGGCGGGUUUGGCCAGCACCACCACCGCCCUUCAUGUCCCUGACUUCCUCUGGUCGAUAAUCAACAAGAUUGAUCGCAGGUGCCAGUACGACUGCUGGUGUGUUGAGGAUGAUCUCUCUGCUCAGUGCUGUGCCUCCAUUGAUGGGACCGUCGACGAGAAUCCAAUCCCAACAUGCGUCAAGAUGAACCUCACUGGCGCUACGACGUUCGCAACCUGCUGCGGGAGCAAGAACGGCUAUGGGUGUUCGCAGAAGGCGCGUUGCCCUAGGCCUGAUGGGGGCAAUAGCUAUGUAGACAGGGGCCCUCACUGGAGAUGUACGGUUAUGAAGUAUGACAUUGCAAUGGCCGAGACUGCAGUUGUCGGCAAUGGUGGAGAGAGUGUUCCUGUUAGGGAGUUGGUGUAGGUUGAGGGUCAACCUGAGAGCCUUGAAUUGGUCCCAACAACAUGAAGUUCUGGGGGCUUAAAGAAGAUAGCGUCUGAAUGCAAUCGAUAAUUCCA